AUGAGCGUACGAUGGGAGCCCCGGAGGUCUCUAUCGACUGCUGCGGAGAUCCUCCAAAAGGCCGCAAACCCGGAGGAGCUCACCGAAGCCACAGUUGUAGAGAGCAUGAACCCAAAUGAGUGGAAGCAUAUGUCCAAAAUGCGAAAUAUUGGAAUUGCUGCCCAUAUCGACAGCGGAAAAACUACUUCCACGGAGAGAGUUUUAUUCUACACAGGACGUAUUAAAGCUAUCCAUGAGGUGCGCGGCCGCGAUUCUGUAGGAGCGAAGAUGGACUCUAUGGACCUGGAACGUGAAAAGGGUAUUACAAUUCAAUCUGCCGCGACAUUCUGUGACUGGGUCAAGAAAGAAGACGGGAAAGAGGAAACCUACCAUAUCAACUUGAUUGACACUCCUGGCCACAUUGAUUUCACAAUUGAGGUCGAAAGAGCCCUUCGUGUCCUCGACGGUGCCGUUCUGAUUUUGUGUGCUGUAUCCGGAGUCCAGUCCCAGACCAUGACCGUCGAUCGACAAAUGAGACGAUACAAUGUCCCCAGAAUUUCCUUCAUUAAUAAGAUGGACCGCAUGGGAGCAAACCCUUUCAAAGCCGUGGACCAGAUCAACCAGAAGCUGAAGAUCCACGCUGCUGCGGUGCAAGUCCCGAUUGGAUCAGAAAACGAGUUUAAGGGCGUUGUUGAUUUGAUCAGGAGGAAGGCUAUUUACAACGAAGGCUCCAAUGGUGAAGUUAUUGUCGAAUCGGACGAUAUCCCAGAACACCUUCGUGAUCUUGUCGAGGAACGACGAGUCAAGCUAAUUGAGACCCUCGCCGACGUUGAUGACGAGAUUGCAGAGAUAUUCUUGGAUGAGAAGGAGCCAACCCAAGAGCAGAUCAAGGCUGCUAUUCGCCGAGCUACAAUUGCUCUGAAAUUCACGCCAGUAUUCAUGGGAUCUGCAUUGGCCGAUAAAUCCGUCCAGCCCAUGCUUGAUGGUGUCUGUGACUAUCUCCCAAAUCCUGCUGAAGUUCCCAACCUGGCUCUUGAUCAAAACCGAAAGGAAGCAUUCGUGAAACUUGUUCCUUAUGCUGACCUUCCGUUUGUUGGUCUCGCUUUCAAACUUGAAGAGAGUAACUUUGGACAACUUACAUACAUUCGAGUCUACCAAGGAACUCUCCGAAAGAGUAUGAACAUGUUCAAUGUGAAAAACAACAAGAAAAUUAAGGUCCCACGAAUUGUACGCAUGCAUUCCAACGAGAUGGAAGAAGUCACGGAGAUUGGUCCUGGUGAAAUUUGCGCUGUGUUCGGUGUCGAUUGCUCCUCUGGCGAUACCUUUACCGAUGGGAAGCUAGGAUAUACUAUGACUUCCAUGUUCGUUCCCGAGCCUGUCAUUUCUUUAUCCAUCAAACCUAAGAACUCGAAAGACCUCAUCAACUUCUCUAAGGCUAUUAAUCGUUUCCAGCGAGAAGACCCCACAUUCCGUGUUCACUUUGAUAAGGAGAGUGAAGAAACUAUUAUCUCUGGAAUGGGUGAAUUGCAUCUCGAUAUUUACGUGGAGCGUAUGCGCCGUGAAUACCGCGUGGACUGCACGACUGGUAAACCUAGAGUUGCAUACCGUGAAUGCCUCGGAAAGCGAGUCGAUUUUGACCAUACGUUGAAGAAACAGACUGGAGGUCCUGGUGACUUCGCCCGUGUGGUUGGUUGGUUAGGACCGUCCGGAAAGUUGGAGGUCAAUCACUUCGAGCAACAGGUUGUUGGUGGUAGUAUCUCGGAGAAAUUCUUGUUUGCUUGUGAGAAGGGUUUCAAUCUGUCCUGUGAGAAGGGCCCUCUGAUCGGCCACAAAGUUCUCGGAACAGAGAUGAUAGUCAACGACGGUGCCACGCAUAUGACUGAUUCCUCUGAAAUGGCUUUCAAGAUCGCAACACAGCAAGCAUUCAGGAAGGCGUUCAAGGAGGCUGAGCCCUACAUUCUUGAGCCUGUCAUGAAGACUGUCAUAACCGCCCCAUCUGAAUGCCAGGGUGAUAUUAUUGGCCUUCUGAAUAAACGCAAUGCCGUCAUCAACGAUACUGAAACGGGUGUGGAUGAAUUUACCAUGUUUGCUGAUUGCAGUUUGAACGGUAUGUUUGGCUUCAGCAGUAACUUGCGAGCUGCCACCCAGGGUAAGGGUGAAUUUACUAUGGAAUUCAGCCACUACGAGAAGGCCCCUGUUCUUCUACAGAAAGAGCUCAUUGCCGAAUAUGAAAAGGCACAGGCCGCACGACACAAGUAA